CCCACGCCCGCCUUCAACAUGUCCGAGACUGCGCCCGCCGCGCCCGCUGCUCCGGCCCCCGCCGAAAAGACGCCUGUGAAAAAGAAGGCUCGCAAGGCCGCAGGUGCCACGAAGCGCAAGGCGUCUGGUCCCCCGGUGUCCGAGCUCAUCACCAAGGCUGUCGCCGCCUCCAAGGAGCGCAGCGGCGUGUCUUUGGCUGCGCUCAAAAAGGCACUGGCGGCCGCUGGCUACGAUGUGGAAAAAAACAACAGCCGCAUCAAGCUGGGUCUCAAGAGCUUGGUGAGCAAGGGCACCCUAGUGCAGACCAAGGGCACCGGGGCUUCCGGCUCUUUCAAGCUCAACAAGAAAGCGGCCACCGGAGAAGCCAAGCCCAAAGCCAAGAAGGCGGGCGCGGCCAAGCCCAAGAAGCCCGCAGGAGCAGCAAAGAAGCCGAAGAAGGCCACUGGGGCGGCAACCCCCAAGAAGAGCGCCAAGAAGACCCCAAAGAAGGCGAAGAAGCCUGCUGCGGCUGCAGGAGCCAAAAAGGCAAAGAGUCCGAAAAAAGCGAAAGCAGCCAAGCCGAAGAAGGCGCCCAAGAGUCCAGCGAAGGCCAAAGCGGUGAAGCCCAAGGCGGCUAAACCAAAGACCGCCAAGCCCAAGGCAGCCAAGCCAAAGAAGGCGGCGGCCAAGAAAAAAUAG